GUGAACUCAUUCCCCAAUCAGUAUAUGAUUUGUCCUGAGAACAACGCCAUGACGGGCCAAAUCCAGCUAAAAUGGGACCCCAAGAACUUCGAGGUGAAGUCGAGGUCGGUGGAACUGCAGCUGCAGCCCUUAAUCAUCCAGGUAACGACCCUAGUGAACUCGGAUAAAAGCAAGAAAGGGAAAGGCAAGUCGAAGAAAGCCGCGGUUCUGGUGGCCGCAGUGGAGAGGGCGAUAAAGAAUUUCAUGGAAAAGGGCGAACAAAUCGCAGGCGAAAACCCGGAAAUAAGCGAGGAGAUGUUGGGCGUUGUCGAGGAAAUACGGACCACAGGUAACGCGAUGUCUUUUGCUUCUCACGAGUUCGUCCAAGACCCUUGCGCCUCUAUUAAACGCACGGAAAUGGUCAAAGCAGCCCGGCUUCUUCUGGCCUCAGUGGCGCGCCUGCUUAUCCUCGCCGACAUGAUCGACAUCCAACUCUUUUUGAAGACGGUCCAAGGCGUCGAGGCCUCAAUCGAGAAAAUUCGCACGGCCCCAAACACCGACCAGCUGAUUGAAGAGCUCAAGCACUACCACGAGUGCAGUCGCAACUUGCUAAAUCAGUCUGCCAGACGCCAGCAAGAAAUCAAGGACCCCCAGAUCCGCGACGACAUGGCAGCCGCUCGAGCCAUGCUGAAGAAGAGCUCCACCAUGCUAAUGUCGGCUUCCAAAGCGUACGUGUCGCACCCCGACCUCCCCGCAGCUAAAGCCAACAAGGACCAAAUCCUCAAACAAAUUUGCGAAGCCGUGGACACCAUCAACGACGCAGCCCAAGGCAAAACCCCCAAGAACGGCUCCGGCAAGUACGAAGAACGCGGCAAACUCGCCAACAACCUAGACAACCUCGAGAACACCGGCUCCUUAAACUACCGAGAGGUCCGUAGUAAGCAAAUCCUAGAGCAGCAACUGGAAGAGCUCAUCAACGGCGCCAUGCUCAUCACCGACUCCGAGGCCAUCAAAGACGAUCGCAAGAAUAAAAUCGUGUCUGGGUGUGACGCGGUUCGUGAAGCUCUCCAACACCUGCUGAGUCAGUCAAUGAAGCGACCAGAAGGCGACGAGUUAAACCGAGCCGUUGACGACGUCACGCGGAAAACCAAAGACCUUGAGAGGCAGCUACGAAAAGCGCUGGCGUACAAGGUAGCUGAUAGCUUCCUGGACACCAAUUCGCCGUUCCAAGCUCUACUACGCGCCGCUGAAGAAGGCGACGUCCAAGAAGUGGAAACCUGUGCAGCUAUUUUUACCGAACACUGCAAUAAACUGAUCGAGGUGGCCAAUCAGGUCUGCGAGAUGUCCAACAACGAGGAUGGGGUGAAAAUGGUGCGGUAUGCAGCUACGCAGUUGGCAGAGCUGUGUCCAGGGGUUAUCAACGCAGCUAGGAUUUUAGCAGCGCAACCACAGAGUGUGGUGGCUAGAGAAAACAUGGACACUUUCAAGAAAGAGUGGGAGAGUCAAGUCCAACUGUUAUUGGAUGCGGUAGACGAUAUAACAACCAUCGAUGACUAUCUUUCGGUUCUUGACAACGAGAUGUACGACGAUGUAAAUCAGUACGUGAUCGCUUUGCAAGAGAGGAACCCGGCGAUGAUUAGUGCGGUAGCACAGGGUAUUCAGGGUCGGACGAAGCGGAUCAUGGGGGUAGUGAGUUCCGAAAUGGACAACUACGAACCCUGUAUGUACACCAAGAGGGUGCUUGAAGCGAUUAAGAUGCUCAACGAGGACGUGGAGACUUUUAAACGCAAGACAGAGGAUAUUGUCGAAAUUAUCCAGAAGAAUCCGGACCAGGAGUUCGACGAGAACGAGUUUAUAGAUGCGUCCAGGUUGGUGUAUAAUGGAGUUCGAGACGUGAGACGAGCGGUCCUUAUGAAUAGAGCGGACGAGGACUUAGACCCGGAAGAAGUGGAACUGGAAGACACCUACACCGAGACUAGAACUACUACACACAUUAUUGAAACUGUCACCACCACCACGGAAGAGGAGACGGAUGACAUGGGCGGGCUGACUUAUGCCAGACAAGCGAUGAACGCCCUCCCCGAGAAAGAAAAGAGCAAAAUCUUGGAACAAGUCGAAAAUUUCCAGACUGAGAAGCUGACGUUUGAUCGAGAGGUAGCUAAAUGGGACGACUCCGGUAACGACAUUGUGGUUCUUGCCAAAUACAUGUGUAUGAUUAUGAUGCAGAUGACGGACUUCGUGCGGCAACGCGGUCCGUUGAAAACCACGACCGAUGUAAUCAACGCAGCUAAAAGAAUUUCGGAAACGGGGACCAAAUUAGACAAAUUGGCGCGACAAGUCGCGACUCAGUGCCCUGAAAGCUCCACCAAACAAGAUUUGUUGGCUUACUUGGAACGCGUAGCGCUGUACUGUCACCAGAUUAAUAUAAUCGCGAAAGUGAAGACCGACGUGGAGAAUAAUUCAAGCGAGGAGCUGAUUCUGGCGGGCGUGGAAAGUGCGACUUCUUUGAUUGAGAAUGCCAAGAAUUUGAUGAACGCGGUGGUGCUAACUGUGAAGUCUUCGUACGUCGCGUCGACCAAGUAUAAUCGGACUAUGCCAAUUGCUAGUCAGAUUGUCGUCUGGAAGAUGAAAGCCCCCGAGAAAAAACCGCUCGUCCGGCUAGAAAAACCCAAAGAAGUUCGCGCCGUCAUCCGCAAAGCGUCGCAACGAAAACCCCUAAAGCCCAUCACAAUCCUGGCCGAGUUCGAAGGGAUUUGAUGCGACUGCGCCACUUUCGCAGCCUUUUACACAUUUAAUAAAAACAGUUUCAGUUAA